AUGUAACCACUGUCUGAACAUCAAAUGGCAGAUUCCUGGAAUGUUCCAGCACUAAAUUAGUCACAUUACACUAUCUUUUUUCUUGGCUAUUUAUUCUCAAUUUUAACGGUCACCAUUAAUGAGACGCGUAAAAAGGAUUCUUGUCAAAUUGGAUAAGAAAUAAGGAAAGUCAGAAGUUUUUAGUCUGUUGGUGAAUAGUGACAAAGCAUAAAGAUUAAGAGCAAGUGGAAGUUUCUGGAUUUAACGUUUGAGCUAAUCCAACAGCCAACUUAGUUGGAUAGUGUUGUUUUGUCUCCUACUUUAACAACCUCAAGAAUUUGUAAAAGCAAAUCUAACGAAUACAAACUACCAGAAUUUUGGAUUUGCUACGUGUCUUUAAUUAAAGGGUUACAUUUGGAAUCUGGGUUCUUGUGAUUCUUGAUAACCUCAAAAGCAGGUGUCUAUGUUGUCAAUUGAAGACCAAAUUGAUGCUUGUUAACAGAUGUACAGGAAGUUUGUGUUUCUCUUAUAAACGGGUGCGAGCAAAUUUGCUGUGGUUGAUAGACCAAUAUGCCUAGUAAUUAUCUUUUUAGAUUAGGUGGUGCAUUAAGGCAGGGAAUCCGGAAAUCCAUUUCUGGGCAAGAAAGGGGGCUCCAAGAUUUGGUGGCGAUUUUUGCAGAAGAGCGCUUGUUGUUCGGGAAGUUCUUCUGUUCUGUGCCAUCCGCAAGAUUGUCUGACCUGCAUGUGUUUGUAAAGCCUGGAACGUUAGCAGCCGCACAGGCAAAUUCGAAUAUAGUUAAUCUAAGAAAGAAUCUUUCUGUGGUUGGUGCUAUUCCUCGUGCAUUUUCCAUACCGUCUGUGUCAGGGCCCACAUUUCAAGUCUGUGGCUAUCACAUUGAUCACCUGUUAGCUGCACCGACUCAUAAAGAACCUAUGGCCAUUUGUUGUUCAAGAACUUCUGUUGGCUGUUCCUCAAGUAAAAUUACUUCAUGGCAUCUUAAACCUUGCGUUUCAGUAAAUAGUCCUAUUAAUUUCAAUAGCAAUAGAAAUUUCGGCAAUUGUCGAAAAGCCAGCAUGAGUUUGAGAAAUAAUAAUCAGCCCAAUAACUUUUUGGUCUAUGGAUAUUUUGCAUACAAUGUUACAAAAAGCAAGGGCAAUUCAAAUCUUUAUGAAGGAUUUGGAUUCAAGGGUUUUCACAGUUCUCCAGCGGCAUGUAUCUCUGCUGUUACUGCUCCUGAUGUUUCCUUUGAUAACUCUCUGCGCGAGGUACAUCUUGGAAGCUCAGCAACUUCUUCUGAACAGAAUAUCCAUAUUGACAGAAACCUGAAGCUUUAUUCAGGAUCAUGUUACCUGCCUCAUCCUGAUAAAGAAGAAACAGGUGGUGAGGAUGCUCAUUUUAUUUGCAUUGAUGAACAAGCAAUUGGCAUAGCUGAUGGUGUUGGUGGAUGGGCUGAUGUUGGCGUUGAUGCUGGAAAAUACGCUCGAGAACUGAUGUCAAACUCAGUAAAUGCAAUUCGUGAGGAACCAAAAGGUUCAGUAGAUCCAGCCAGGGUCCUGGAGAAAGCAUAUACAUGCACAAAAGCCAAAGGUUCCUCGACUGCCUGCAUUAUUGCCCUUACAGAUCAGGGUCUCAAUGCCAUCAACCUAGGAGAUAGCGGAUUUAUGGUGGUUAGAGAUGGAUGUACAGUUUUCAGAUCCCCAGUGCAGCAGCAUGAUUUCAAUUUUACAUAUCAGCUGGAGAGUGGUGGUAAUGCCGGUGAUUCACCAAGCUCUGGAGAGGUGUUUAAAAUACCUGUUGCUCCAGGAGAUGUUAUCAUUGCCGGAACCGAUGGGUUGUUUGACAAUUUGUAUAGCAACGAUAUAACUGCAGUAGUGGUGCAUGCUACUAGAGCUGGCUUACCGCCUCAGGUUGCAGCUCAGAAGAUAGCCGCAUUGGCUCGGCAAAGGGCACAGGACAAAAAUAGGCAAACCCCUUUUUCUUCUGCAGCUCAAGAAGCUGGAUUCCGGUACUAUGGUGGGAAGUUGGAUGACAUAACUGUGGUUGUGUCUUACAUAACCAGUGACAAAAAUGAAAACUCAAACAGCUUGAAGAUUUAGUUAAAGAGGUUUUGUGCCUACGUCGGCUAACAGGUUUGUCUGUGAAAUACAAAUUGCUUGGCUUCAGGGACAGUUUUGAUGCUUCGUGUGACGGAUAAGUUCAGACCUAGCUUUAAUAUCGUUGAAUGUCUUUGAAGUGCUCUUCCACUUGUAUAUAUUAUCUUUUGGAAAUUUUGCAACAUGCCUCCCCAUACCCUAUUCCACACCCUAUACAAACCCUAUAAUCCCUCUCUGCCCCUCUAAGGAGAAGAUUAGGAGUGUUCAACUAUGUGACAUGAGGUGUAUAAAGAAGAGAGGAGUUCUUGUAGUGUGGUUGAUUAAAGUUUGGACUUUUGGGAUAAUGUUUUGGUACAUUUUGGAAUUGCAAUUAAGGCUUAUCUAGUUUACAGCAUAAAGCUUUAUUCCUUGUUGGAAUUUUAA